AUGGAAGUGAUUACACGACACACUCAGCUUGCCACAACUUUGUCCAUAACUUGGGACACUGCAGUGGUUGUAGCGGCGACCAAAUCCGAUCCAAAUUCGGCUGUCCCACCAACUCUUUCAGAGUCAUCGCGAGUGGCGAUCAGAAAAUACGAACGUGCCGAUGGGUUUGACGCCAUCGGUCCCCUGGAGGACAAGCACUCUGAACGUGCUUAG